AUGGCUUUGCCUUUUCUGCGAGGUGCACAGUUUCUCCGGCCGGUCCACCAUGGAGCGCGACCUGUAUAUAAGUACGGCCUACCAGACUCCAUUCUCAGAACCAACCAACAGGGCGACCCAGCUCAAUUAUCUCAUCCAGCCCGACUACUCAGCUACCGCCUCCCCAGUCUCCAGCUCCUCCAACCUUGCUCGAUCCUUGAUCGAUACCUCUACAUGGCGAAGGUUCACCCUAACAUGGUGCCCGCGCCGGGCGCCGUCGACCAGGCGCCGUGCGCGCCGGCCAGCUCCACUGAGGAGCCGACGACGCUGACGGUGUGGCGCAAGUCGCUGCUGUUCGACUGCAAGGGGUUCACGGUGUUCGACGCCAAGGGCAACCUGGCCUACCGCGUCGACAGCUACGCCUCCGAGAGCGGUGACGAGGUCGUCCUCAUGGACGCCGCUGGCCGCCCCGCCUUCACCGUCCGCCGCAAGCGGUUCACCCUGCAGGGCGAGCAGUGGCUCGUCUUCUCCGGCGAGGAGACGCGGAAGCCCGUGUACACAGUCAGGCGCAGCGGCCGCGGCAAGACGUCGGCCCACGUGACGGCGUGCGCGGGCGCCGGAGCCGGGCCGUCGUACGAGGUAGAAGGGUCGUACGCGCGGCGGAGCUGCGUGGUGUACGACGGCGAGCGGCGCGCGGUGGCGGAGAUCAGGCCCAAGGAGGUAGUCGGCACAGACGUUUUCCGGCUGGUCGUGCAGCCCGGAGUCGGCGUGUCGCUGGCCAUGGCCGUGGUGGUGGCGCUCGAGCAGAUGUUCGCCAGGCCGUCGCUGCUCAGGAGCUGGUCCACCAUAGAUUAGUGAAUUUAUUUGUUACAUCUCGAUUUAGUCAAGCUAGUCUUUUUUUACCCCUUGCACUACGUUUGGGGUUGGGUUGGAGGAUGAAUUGUGAUAGCGAGAGUCAUUCGCUCGAUGUGUGCGGGCAUGAGAGCAAGUCGAUCUGUUCGAUGAUGCCCCCCAAAUUAUGAGGUUUUUCUUGGCCCAUGGAAGCCUUGCCUCCUCCUACUGCGUUUCUGUCGGUGUGUAUAUUCUUUGAAUUCUUGAAGAAGGGUGUAGAUGUAGAUAGUCAACAAGAAUAUGAAUAAUAAUAAACAGUUCU